CUAACUUAACUCAUCUAAUUUUUGGUAACCCAAUCCUUGAAUCUGAAUCGCAAGGCAAUGGAAACAAUUUCCCUUCCUUCCCCUGUACUUCAUCCUCUGAAACCAUUCCCAGCCAAGCCCCGUUACCGGAAAACCGGCACCGUUGAACAUGAGAAGAAGAAGAAGAAGCCCAUUAAGGUCCUCGCCGGAAAAAGAGAUGCCUACAACCGGGAAUAUAACGGCCGGCUUGUCGAUGAGAACAUGAUCGUUUUACGAAAACGCAUUCUGGAGAUUAAGAUGGUAGAGCAGAAGCAUGAACCUCCUUCCGAUUGGAUGGAGUGGGAGAAGCGAUAUUACGCCGAUUACAACUCGGAUAUCUGUGAAGCAAUGGGAUUAUUGCAAACCAAGCUGAUGAAUACCCGGCCAAGCUUGGCUCUGGGAACGAUGGGUCUUCUUAUACUGAGCGUCCCUAUAUCGACGGUCGUAACCUUGUCUCAUCUGAUUGAGAUAACCAAGUUGAUCCUAUAUUCGAUUCAUCUCAGUUGAAAUUGUUUUUCUUUUAAUCUGAUUCAUUGUAUAUAAAUGGCAAUUUGGAUAGAAAGAAAGGAGUCCGUCUAUGAAUAUAUCUACAUUUUCUGGUUGUUUA